AUGGCGGCCCGGCGCGGGCUGCCGGCGCAGGGCCCGCAGGCGCCUCCGCCGCCGCCCGCCCAGCCCCCGCCCAGCCCCGCCGCGGCGGGCGCGCUGUGGUGCCCGGUGCUCUCGGGCGGCGCGGAAGCGCCGUCUGCGCCCCCGCGGCUAAGCCCGCCGUCGCCGCCGCCGUCGCUGCCAUGCUCGCCGCGGACGCCGCUCAGCGCGCGGAGCCAGCCGCCGGCCUGGGCGGGAGAGGUCCGCCUGGACAUCUGCAAGGAGCCGCUCGGCGGCACGCUGCCCGUGGCCGAGCUCACGCCCAGGAUACCCCCCCCGCCGGCCCUGGCCCCGCCGCUGGGCGCCAGCCCGCCCGGCGCCCAGAAGCGGCACCACGAGGAGCCAGACGGGGACGCUGCUGGCGGGUCCGCCGCCGCCGAGCGCGAGGGCGAGGACACCGCGGAGUUCCCGUCGGGCGCGCGGCUUGCCGCGGACAGGACUCCUGUCGCUCAGCGCGUCAGCGUCGAGUCCAAGGCUUCCGUAUCGGAGAGGAGCCUGGCGCCGAGGACUACAGACCACCUCAAAGAGUACGGCCCCGACGAAAUCAUCGAGGGUUACUUGCUGGGGACGUUCAAGGAGAGUUUCAGCAAGGUGCUCACCAGGGAAUUCAGCAAGACGACCCAGAAGGUCAAGAGGAGAUUCGCAGAGGGCCCCCCGUGUAAACGCUCCGCUGACCAGCAUGCCAGCGGCGCGACGUUGCCCAAGGACGCGGUGAGGGAGGACGACUUGGACAAGUUGCUCCAGAAGGCCUUGCGAACAAGGGCGAUGAGGAAAUGCAGCGGUGCCCGGCACGGGGCGGCGUCCGCAGCGGAGAACAGCGAGCAGCAGCGCGGCAAGAUCACGCAGUACCUCAUCAGCGUUUCAUUCCAACGUUGCGGCCCGGAGACGCUCGGCAUCCGCGACGCGCGGGAGCUCCGCGCGAUCAGCGAAUGCUUGGACGCGCUCCUGGGCGGGGACGUCCCGCGACUGGAAGACGCGCUGGCGCGGCGGUUCAAGGCUUUGGAGGCGGCAGUCAGCGACUGGCUGGAUGCCGGGGGCUCAUUCCCAGCGCCGACGCGGGGCUGGCCAGCGGGGGCGGGCGAGCCCGUGGACCUGCGCCGACUCGCCGGGCCGGCCAGCCAGUCGCGGGCCUUGGCCCUUGAGGAGAUGGAGGAGGCGUACAUUUACAACGUCGACCGCCGCGCCGAUGCGACAUGGGGCUUCGGGAGUUGGCUGGGGCGCGGGCUCUGGAAGGAUAUCCCGUGCGACGCCAUCGCAAGGGUCGGGUGGCAACCCGUCCUGAACGGCGCCUUCGGGGCCGCGAAGCGGCGCGUUUCUGCCGCCAGCCACGUGCCGAUGCUCGGUGACAUCGAGCCCCUGCCGAUGGGCGGAGAGCACCGCGUCGCCGUCGUUGAGGACGGAGAGCUGCUCGCUCGGUCAAGUGGGGACAUCGAAUGA